UCUCAUUUGCAUUUGUUCCGCUUCCUUGUGACAAGAAACACUUCAUGUCAAAGAGCUGUGAGAGAAAAUCAGAUCGGAGAGGACCACACAGCCUGGAUGGCAAAACAGACUGAAAGGAGCAGGUACACUGAGGAUGGGGCUGUUCAGUGUAGAAGACUGUCUAAGCUGGAUAAUUGUUACUGAUUCAAGCACAGAACAAGACCGUAAUUAGAGACCUGGCACUAGUACAUCACGACAGCAGCAGUGUUACCAUGGAGACUAGCAAGCCAGGAUUGGCGAGUGCUCCAGUGCACAUCAGCUCUGUUGCAGCACAGACAGAGAAAAGGAUGGACAUCCAGGCCCCGCUGACGGCUGUUUACAUCCACACAGUUCCUGCUCUACCAGCGCAACCUUACCCGCAGCUUCCUGCUGCUGACCGGGAACCAGCCACACUCCAUCUGGCCAUGCCGCCGCUUUACUCCAAAGAGACGCUUCCUUUUCUGACAUAUUUUCAUAUUGCUGGUGGGCUGCAGUCUCCGCCGGGAAUGGGUCUGGCAGCUGCUGCUCCUACAGCCAGACCGAAAUCGGCUGGAAAACAUGUGUGUCCUCACUGUGGACGGGACUGCAUGAAACCCAGCGUGCUGGAGAAGCAUCUCCGCUGCCACACAGGGGAGCGGCCUUACCCCUGCACCACUUGUGGAGUUUCUUUUAAGACUCAGAGCAACCUCUACAAACAUAAGCGUACUCAGGCUCAUGCCCGCCUUUCAUCUGAAUCAGAGCAGAGCAGCCUGGGCAGCCUAGACAGUGUGUCUAGCUCCAGAGAGACUCAUGCCUCCAGUUCGUCUCUGGAUGAACGCAGUGAGGACUUGGGCAGCAUGGAGAAGGAUGCCACACUACCUGCUGCUGAGAUUACCUGUCCAGACAAUACUGCAAAGAUCUGCUCUGUAAAGACACAAGGGUCUGUGAGUGAACAGAAUGAGCUGACCCCUAUAGGUCAUGAGACAAAACCAAAAGAAUGUGCAAAGGUAAGAAAAGAGGAGGAAAAACUCAGGGUGGAAAAUGAAAAACCUCCCUUGACUGUUAGUCGACAUCUUCCCCUUCAGAGACAGGAAGCCACUCUGUUCUCCAAGCAGUGGGAGAGCUCUGUGUCCAGAGGAAAAUCACAGAACCACGAGAGCACGGACUCAGGCUUCAGUGAGAGCACGGACCACUACUCAAGCCCUGGCAGUGUUUUACGUGACCACAGUAUGGAUUCCCUUGCCGAAUCCAGCAAAGAGGAUCUGGAAGAAACCACCAACACGCACACACCUUCAGAACCUGGCCAAGGUGCACAGGAGCCCAAAGACAUUGCAAGAGAGCAGGAGCAGAAGACACUGGAGGAGCGCAUAUCUAAGCUGAUUUCUGAGAAUACGGCUGUUGUGGAGGACAAACAGCUGGAGAACGUAAGACCACGGAAGACAGUUCUGUCAAAGCAGGGCAGCAUUGACCUUCCCAUGCCGUACACAUACAAGGACUCCUUUCACUUUGACAUGAGGAUCAGUAAGACUCCAAACGUUGGGUUACAAAGAAACAUUAAGCCUGGAUUGUACAGCUCCGUGCCCACUCAGCACUCCACCACCAUGGAGCAUGCCCCCUUAACCCGCAGCAACUCCCUCCCAUUCAGCGUUACCCUCCUGCAGCCUGAGAAGAGCAGCCCAACCUUCUCCUAUCAGAGCGAUUAUGUAACACUCGUUCGCAGGGGAAGCUCUGGACAGAUCAAUCCAACAGGUUUUGCGAUCAAGCCUGUGAACCAGCAGUCAUCCACCCACCGCCCACUAGUCCGGCAGACAGCCGUAGACUGCAACCACGCAACAGACGGUCUCUCCAUGAAUUCAUCUGUGGAGGAGGCAUGCACCGGCAGUCUCAGCUGCGAUGGGGAUGGCGGUGACAUUUGCGGAGAGCCAAGCAACAGAAAGUUCCGGAGGAAGAAAGCACAGAAGUUUGCCUACAACAAGUGGUACAUGUACGGGGGUGGCACAUUUAAGAAGCUCUACAAUGCUGAGAAAGCUGUUGAUAACAGUGUUAUCAAAAGCAGGAAAAGUAUGAACCCAGAGCAUGAGGUUGUUCAGGGCCCACAAAAGAGGUUGUCAGCAGCCCAUAACGAGACCAUAACAACAACAACAGGCUCAGUGAUAAACACCACAAAUAGCGGUGCAACACUGUGCCAUCCAGGCUGCCCUCCUGCCAGGGUAUGCCCCGUCUCUGCCGUGGAUUUUAAUCUAAGCACUAGCCGUCUUCAUUCGUCAUGCAGCUCUCUCAAGACUCCACUCCGGAGAAAUCUAUCUUUGUCAGUACUGCCAUUACCUUCGAUUGGAUCAUUGGUUAACCACAAAACAAACAGCAUGAGCAGCACAGAGGCAGGGAGAUUGAUUAAUGAAGAAAAACAUAAUGAUUCCACCUCUCAGCUCUGCGGAGCCCACGUUCCCUCAGACAGGAAAAAGCAGAGAACUGAUGACAAAAUAAUUUGCCCGCUUCAGAUGGAGACUGACCCAAACACACUGAUUCAUCCCCCUCCCUCUGUCACUGGCAGUGCGCCUCAGCAGGAUACAAAUCUCAGUUAUAUCAGCCUUCAAACAAAUCAAAAACACACUCAGCUCAAAGGAGCUCUCUUCUCGCCAUGCAUAAUCAAUGCAAAUGCACCGUCUGUUGGCACCUUGCAAGCCACUUCCAUCCCCUCUGCUGCCAAGACCAGCUUCCUGCCGAAGUACCAGCUCAAGUUACCUAAUGCUGCUGAACCUGAUUCGAAUACUUCACCGCAUGUUGUGGAUAAACCGUCAGAAACUGAUGGCUGCACUUUCACCCCUGCUCUGUCAUCUACUCAAACUGAGCAAACCUCACCUGCGGUCACAACCUCUGAAAAGAAAUGCAGUGGUCCUGUCACCUCGCCGUUGAUGCAGAGGAGUGAAAUCAAAAACACAAAUAUUUUCAAUUCCACACAAGCACAGCUCCUCUUGCCUUGCACAGCCACAACCUUUUGUCAAGCUGAAGCAUCAAGAUUCAAUGAAAAGGCGACAACUAGUCUACCCGUAGUGCACAGGCAAUUUGCAGCAACCACAAUAACCACAACCUGCCUACAUGAUUAUCAGGCAAGAUUAUGCAGCGCUUUGACACCGCCCUCGAACUCUGCAGCAGGCUCAGUGUCUAUGCAGUUACCCAGACUUGUUGCACCUGUGGUUGCAAACUUUCCUGCCGCCACUGCAAAAAAUCCGACAUCUGCUGCUGCCAUUACAGCUUUCUCACAAGAUCAACUUCACUCUAAGCCUCCUCUGUCACACUCACAAGUCUCACCAGCAUCAGACCAGUUGAACCCUGUAAAUACUGCAUACGCUGGCCCAAAUAACCCAAACGUACCUUGUCACAUUGUACCAUUUGACCAGGGGCAACCAGCUGCUCAGAAUGUGUUUCAUGUUCACACAGCAGACCUCCAGAUUUGCCUUCAGAUCAUAUCUGACGAGCAGCUGGCUCUCAUUGAACCACAGAUAGAGCGGCAAGCAGGUACCAGCGUGCCACAGAGACGUGACAUGGAAACAAUGGCCCCAGAAGUGAUCCAGAAUAAAACUCAAAGCUCUGUCACCGUAGAAAGCAAUGAGGGAAAAGACCAUCACCAGCCAGCACAUCAAAAGGAACUGGACCAAAGAGAAUCUUUAUCCAUACUCAACACAGAGAGCAUAAAACCUCCACUGUCUGACCACUUUGCAAAGGCACAGCCAAAUAUCUACACAACUGAACACAGUAAUUCCAGUCAGGCUACAGUAUCCGCUGAAUCUAAGCCUCCUGAAACUCUAGGCUUGAUGCUACACCCACACAAAUACAGUCAUGUAAACACGGCCACAGAGACUCUGAGCUCUGCAGGCGAUGUUAUGUCAACUGCUGCUUCACUCGAAGGUGUACAGUCAGGAAGGAGCCAAACUACAGGGGAAGAACAUGCCCUCUCUCUGAACCAUUGCACUGAGGAGCAACCUUUGCAGGACAGGAGGGUCAGCCAAGGUGGAUUGGUCUCGCAAACAUUCUCUGGCCAACACAUGCUCAGCGUGAACUGUCUUUCUCCCAGCGCUGUAAAUCAGAAAAGCACAAGAAGUGAACCACAAGGCAAAGAAAGCCAACAAAAACUUAAAAAUCAAGCAGCCUCAUGUAAUGCUGCCAUAUUGAAAACCAAGUGUGAAACCUCUGCCUACAAAAGCAGCAAGUUAGAAAGUGGAGAAACCCACACCUCUCUGCAGGUUAUGUUCAGUAAGGCCUCCGGUGGAGCAUGUGGUGCUGAUGAGCUCUCUGGAUCAGUUUCUCCAUUUGCCAUUAGUAAAUGCAAAGCUCCAAGACAGUCGGUCCCACAGUCAUCCAUCUACUGCUGUAAUCCUUCAGAACCCAGGUUAUCAGAGACUCUGAAUGCAUCUAAACAUGCAAUCAAAAGCUGUGACAAGGUGGGACCUCUGGACAAUUCAGCAAAUCUCAGCAAAUCACAGGAUGUGAUCGGCUCUGUCCACUCAGAAAGACAACUGGAUCAGUUUACUUCAGUGUCCUCUAACAUCCAGGUGGAAAGACCCAAAGACAUCCCAGCUGUGCUUACAAGUAUUCAGAGCCCAACUGCAGGACUUAUAGAGGCAGCCUCCCUGGCGAGAUGUGCAGCCCCGAAGGAGCCACAGACAUGGGGGCAUGGGAGUACCCCUGGGAAUUCAGACAACACAGUCUGCAGGCCAAAGCAGAGCCAAGAGGCUAGAGAGUCAAACCAUCGAGGAAUGGACGAGCAGGGCGGUGGAGGAGUGAUGAGAAAGGAUAAGAACGAAGGAAUCAAGACAGACCAGGUGCCAGGACAGCGGGGCAAAGGCGAGACUAACUGCAGACACACGGUUUUACCACCUGUGACAAAGCUAGAGGGAGAAGACAGACAGGUCAAGGAGGAUUCCUUUAAAAACUCUUGGCUAUCUGAGCAGCAUCUUUCCCAGAUGCUCUCAGGAAUGUCUGAGUACCCUCCACAGAGUCCUCAGCAAGCUCCAAGCAUGUCCAAUAACCUUAAUUUACCAGCCGCCAGCAGCCAGACUUGCCUUUUCAAUUCUCCUCAGCCAACCCUGGAAAUGAACAAUUUUUAUUUCUCACAACAACACUGGGAGAGCAGCAGCAUCCACAACCAACAAACACAGAUCUUGUGUGAAUCAAAUUCAAGUCAACAUAUGAAAACACAGGCCCAGAUAACGGAAACACAAAACGCUUUUUCACAAAUUCAGUCCAGCCCACAGAAAACUACAAUUUCACACCAGGACCAAAAGCAAGGCCAAAAGCAGACCCAGUGUGCCCAGCAAGGAAACGCCACUGAAGGUAACAACAGCACAGCAGUAAGCUGUUGCACUAAGUUGACAUUAGGAAGUCACAGAAGCCCAAGUCCCUCUCCUGACGUCAAAACAUCAUCCACCACAAACCACUGCCAAGUUUCUCAUUCUCUUCAAGUCAGUAGACCUGCUGCUGGAUGGACAGGAAACACCCAAACGUCAAACAGCAACAUGCUGGAUAAUAAUACUGGGCUUCUAUCAAAGCCCUUUACAUACCCAGAACCUGCACAGGAAACCAAGGAUCGGACACCAGAUGAUUACACAACGCAGAGCAGUAACUCUGGGAGACCUGACGUCACCAACAAAUACCAGUCUUUUUUCUUUACUGGUCAUCUUCAUGGCUACCACACAGCCGAGAGUCUCACCAGUGGAGUGAGGCCUGUGCAAAGCUGCCAGGACUACUCAGAAGACACCAGCAGCAGUGACGAUGAGGGAAAGCUUAUCAUUGAGCUUUAGGGGAAAUGUGCACAUACACAGAUGCCAUAUGAAGUUUGAUUUGCUGUAUAUUUUUCAGAGGUAAACUUGCUCUGGAGGUAGAAAUAAUAUCAGUGCCUGACGAACCGCAUGUGUAAACUAAAUAAAACAAGUCAAAAAACAAAUGAAAAAAUAGCUGUCACUGACUUCUUUAUAUUUUACUAUUACAAAUAAUAUAUUUGCAGUGGAAAAAAACCCAAGCAAUGAGAUUACUUCUACCCCUCAGAAAUGUUGUGUGACCUCCGUUCUGCUUACACAUGCUCACACACACAUAUUUUGCCAUAAUUCGUGCCUACCUUUCCACACUCACUCACUCUCUCAUAAAUUGCAGUCUGCAACACUCUCUAACCUUCCCUGACAACAGCUGUGUGUGUGAAUCAUGUACGUACGCUGCCAAAUACCCAUUAAAUUGAUCUCUGCUGCCAAUCAGAUCACCCAGGCAGUGACUGGAGGGCCAUGACCCUUUUCCCAGUCUGGGCUUUGUAGUGAGUCAGCAGCUAUGCUUAGGCUCUGGAGCUCGACGGGAACAGGAAGUGGGCGGAUGUGAAUGUUUCUGUACAAAAACCCACAGCUAUAGCUCACACUAACUUGCUUGUCAAUCCUCAGCCCAUUAGUGGUCAUAAAAUGUUUUGGACUUGACAGGUGUAUGUGUGCAGUAGUGCUGAAUGAGCUUUAUCUGCAGAGAAUCUGUUCAGGCCUGUUUAGUUUGACACAGUGGAUGUGUUUAUAGUGCUGUUUGACACAGAGGAAAGCCAAGGGCACAAAAAUGUGAAGCUGUUUACAGUUACAAUUACAAGCAGAUUUAUUAUUAUGUUUUACAAUUUUUUUUUUUCAUUUUCUAAUUUUUUUUUCUUGUUACAGAUUGCAAAUGUAAACAUA